GACUCUCCCUUCUUCUUUUUCUGUAAGAUUUCUCUGCAUUCAUAGACAUUAUUUAUUUAUUUAAAACUACUGCUAUGUGAAAAGUUUUAACGACGCCGUCUUUGUAGAAUCUUUGUAGAAUCUCCUGCUACUUGUUUUCUCAUUUAUGCGUAAAGAUGGCAACUGUUACGCUUAGCUUCCCAUCCAUGGUUAAAGCUGCAACCCAGAAUCGCUUGUCAAACGCCAUUAUCAAGAGUUCAUCCUCGCUUGGAUCAGUAAAGAGUAUUUCCAAGUCUUUUGGGCUGAGAUGUUCUCCCAAUUUCAGAGCAUCAAUGGCGGUAUACAAGAUUAAGCUGGUUGGACCGGAUGGUGAGGAGAGUGAGUUUGAAGCCCCUGAUGACACCUAUAUUCUAGAUGCUGCUGAGAGUGCAGGAGUUGAUCUGCCGUAUUCUUGUAGAGCUGGGGCUUGCUCAACCUGUGCAGGGCAAUUGGUGUCAGGCACAGUUGAUCAGUCUGAUGGUUCCUUCCUUGAUGAAGAUCAAAUGAAGCAGGGUUAUCUGCUGACGUGCGUUUCGUACCCAACUGCAGACUGUGUGAUUCACACCCACAAGGAAGGUGACCUUUACUGAGUGUUAUUGCCGUGAGAAACAAGUCGUUCUUUCCCUUAAAUUGUCUAGAAUCAUCAUAAUCAUCAUAUAGUAGGGAUUGUGAUGGACGUUUAGUUGGUUUUUUUUGUUUGGUGGUUGUCCUAGGGGAAAUUCAAUCAUCAAGAACAGAAGAUGCAAAACUAUUGUGGGAUGAAGGCAAAUAAAUCUCAUCUACUCGAAA